GAAAAAUAGAUCGAAACAUAAUUUAUCACAUCUCAUUCGGAAGAGCAAUAAAAACACUUCUCGUUUCUAUAAUUACAUAGUUUCAAACUUAGUCUGUUGUAGUGAAAAAAUAUGUUCGUUGAGAGAGAUACAUUUGAAGAGAGAAGAAGCUGCAAGAGCUUUUUGGGUAACCUAUCGUAUUCAGAUUUUUUCUCACUCCAACUUAAUUAGAAAAAAUUUUGUUCUCUUUGUUCUUUGAAGUUCAGACUUUGCGCUUUCCAGCGAAAAAGUAGUGAAAUCGCCAACUCAUCAGGAAUAUGCAGAAAUAAUGCUCGACAUUCGUGCAAAGACAUUUGCAUCGCAUGCUAUGUCGUAUUUUCAAGAAAAUAUGUAUUUCUUUCUUUUGUUUAUCCUUCAGUAAGUUCGCCAAGUUUGUUUCGAUGAAAUAUGCCGUUGAUAUUUGUUAAACGGCUAGAAAGUAGUUACAUGAUUGGCAAUGAUUCAAGGCGGGAGACCGCGAUACCCGGAUCGAGCUUGUCGAGAAACGGUGUUCACCUAAGUUUGGUGUUGAAGGCAGUUAAAAUGUUUUCCUCGAAAUUUUUGCCUGAGGUUCUCUCAGGUGUUAUGCCUAAAAUGUUGGACGAAAACGUUUUUUUUGAAACACAUCAAAUUAUAUAUCAUUCGAUGCAAUUUUUCAAGCAAUCCGUUCUUUUCUCACUGCAUCGUUGACUUUCAUCCAGUUCUUUGAUAACUUCAACUCUGGAAAUCUUGAAUUUUUUUACAUAAAUCCCCAGCAAAAAAGUCUUAUGAAUCUCACGAGAAAACAAUGUUUUCAACAACAUUUUCUGAAACUGCAUUCAGUUUUCUAAAAACUCACAUUAGUUUUAAUUUCUACUGACAUAUCUCGAGCCCUGCAUCAUUCGACUGAUUUCUUGAUCCUGAAUCCGAAUAUGACCUUGUUUCUGUCAAAAUGUGGAAUUUUGACCGAGAAAAUGGCAAAGUACAGGUCCAGUUUCAGAGUUUUACACACUAAACUCAUCAAAAUUGAAUUUUUCGACAACCAAGUAAAAUUUUUCAAAACCACUACAUACUUUUUUUCUCACAACUAUAUCAGUGAAAAUGAAGUAUGAAAGAGAAUUUUAUCUUCCAAAUCCUAAGACUAGACAGGCUUGCAAGGUUAGCCGGAUCGUUGUCAAGGUGGUCAAGCAUUUGGUCCACUCGGUUUGAUCGGUCACGCUGUACAAAAACCGGAUUUAACAAUGGAAACAAUCAAGUUUCUUGUCGAAAACGACACACAAAAUAAAUUCGCAAUCACACGACAAGACGCACAAGGACAAACAGUAUUCACAUUGGCCAAAUGUCAACAGCGAAUUGUUGAUUAUUUGAAAGAAGUAUUUAAUUUAGAACUGAAUCAAAUACCGUUUCAACCGACUGUCGAUUCGAAAAUGGCCGUUCAGUGCAUUCAACAGGGUGCAAAUCCUGAAUGGACCGAUGAUAAAGGAAAUACAGUAUUGUGCAAUGCCGUUUUAGCUAAUAAUUUGGAUUUAGUCAAGCAUUUAGUUGCCGCUCAAUCCAAUACACAACAUAAAAAUUUGUUGAAACAAAAACCGUUGAGCAUAGCUAAGAAUGCAGCACAGAAAAACCCAUUAAUAAUUGCCUUCCUAGAAAAUGAAGGUAUC